UUUUACAUCAACAAAGCAUAUCUUUGUUUCUUCUCUCUUAAUCUCCUAUCGAUCUCUUUUGUAGUCUUGUUGCAUAUUAUGUCAAGGAUGUUGGAGCCACUUAUGGUGGGAAGGGUUAUAGGAGAAGUGGUGGACAUUUUCACUCCAAAUGUGAUAAUCAAUGUGACUUACAACUCCAAUAAGCAAGUCUGUAAUAGUCAUGAGCUCAUGCCUUCUGUCAUUACUUCCAAACCUCGUGUUGAGAUUGGAGGUAAUGACAUGAGGACAUCUUAUACGCUGAUCAUGACUGACCCUGAUGCUCCAAGCCCUAGUGAUCCAUACUUAAGAGAGCAUCUCCACUGGAUAGUUACAGACAUUCCUGGUACAACUGAUGCCACAUUCGGAAAAGAAUUAGUGAGCUAUGAGACUCCAAAGCCAGUAGUUGGAAUCCAUCGAUAUGUGUUUCUAGUGUUUAAGCAAAAAGGAAGAGAAACAGUGAAGGCUCCAGCUUCAAGAGACCAUUUUGACACAAGGAGGUUCGCAGCAGAGAAUGGGUUGGGCUCACCAGUUGCUGCUCUUUACUUCAAUGCACAAAGAGAAACUGCUGCCCGAAGAAGAUAAAUCAUAUAUUUAUAUUUGGGUUUUUCUUUCAUCGAAAAUUAAGUGAACUCUUGUCCAACGUUAUUAUUUUCCUGGUUUUAGGGUUUUUGAGGUUAUGCAUGGGGUCCACCCCUUUCUAGGGUUCUUUUCUUUAAGGAGAGCUGCCAUUGGUAUGAUUCACCUAGCAUCAGACGCUAUAUAUAUAUGUCUGUUUAGUGGGUGUACUUCACAAGUAAGGAAAAAAUUUGUACUGGACAACUGAGAUCCUUAGGAGCUUGCAUAAUCUUCUCCUCUCUAACGAAAAAUAACAGAAACAAUGUUACAUAUACAGUCGUUUGUUUCAAUAUGAUUUCAAUGGGAAUAUUAGCUACUGUUGCUUUGCUCGGGGAUCAUAAUCAUCAUGUUGGGUUUUGGGCCUUCCUAGAUGAGUAAAGUAAUGGGCCGAUAUCAAUUACCCUUCCCCUUGAAGAAAAAACGUAGGACCAAAGAAGAAAAGGAAACUAACAAAUCAUUUCACAGAGAGCACAAUAAAAAA